CAAAGCUACCUAUCACUAUGUUGACUUGGAUCGAGAUGAGAUAUUCAAUUAAAUAACCCACUGACAACGAAUAUUUAUCCAAACUAACUGAGGUUCCGCUCGAUUAAGCCUGGAAGAGUGUACCGUCCAUAAUUUCUACUCAGCUAGGUAUCCAACUCAUCUUACUCUAGCUGGACACCAUAAGAUGCAGCCAAAACUUAUCGUGCUUUGCGAUGAUGUAGGAUGCGGGAGGGAGACAAAGACCCAAACAAAUAUAUAUCUAUUAGCCCAGCACAUCGGCAUCGAUAUGAAAAGAGAGAAUCGUUGUCUAGAUCAAUGGGAGCGUCGAGCGCGUUACUUCGACGGGCCGAGUCUAGGUCUGGGCCUCAUCAGCAGUGGAUCCAAGGGAGAUGACAUUGCCAGCCGCUGUAUCGAAGUGUACAGGUAUAUCGUCGGUUACUAUACUCCCGAACAUGAAAUCUGGAUGUUUGGGUUGGGGCUAGGUGCAUACGUUGUCCGACAUGUUGCUAAUAUGAUUGGCAGAUGCGGCAUUGUCAGGACAACUGGAGAAGACGACAUUUGGACAUCGCUAACGUUGAUUGACCAUGCCUCUUUUAUGUACAAAUAUUACUACGGUGUACCUAGUCCGUCUUUGACUGAGUUGGAAACCUUUAAAAGAGAAAGGAGCUGGGGAGUCGACAAGCCCAUCAAAUUUAUGGGUCUCUUCGAUACUAUACGCCCAGACGGAUUCCUCCGAGUUCUGUUACUGGAUCAGACUCAAUGGCCUGAGCUGGGUGAUGGAAACACCACGAACGCGGUACAGAACAUUUAUCAUGCUGUAUCCAUACACGAGCGAUCAUCUUUCUUCCGCCUCUGCCAGAUUCAAGAGGACUCUACCUAUCAGACUGAUUAUGAUACGGACGUCUACGAGAUGUGGUUCCCUGGAACCCAUCAUGACUUGGGAAGGCAGAAGUUUCCCUUGGGACUCGAUAUCGAUGCAAAAAAAUGGCCGUUCUGGCUACUAAGCUCGGCGAUUGAUCCAAACUUGGUUCUCACUGACCUUGUUUUGAAAUGGAUGCUCGAAAACAUCCAGAGAGAAGAUUCCUCAGAAGCCCUCAUCCCCGAUAUUGGCACCCGAAUCGAAGCACUGAAGAGGGAACUCACCAGAUACAAUCAAUCCCCGGAUUCUGAGAGUAUAUAUAGCUGGGUUGUGAAGCAAACGCCUUUGGGAGCUCUCCUUUCCCACUAUGUCUGGCUUACAGGCGAACUGAGACAAGGGCAGACGCUUUUGGGAGCUUUCCUCCUCUUCUGUUAUGUUUGGCUAUUGAGCGAGCUGCGGUGGCGACGGCACUAUUCUUUGGGUGUUCCCUUUUUCCCUUAUUUCUGGCUCACAGGCUGGCUACCCCGAGACCGGAAGAUACUCAAUUUGAAGGCGAGGACGUACGACUAUAAAAGGCCCCUCGACCAGUCAGGCGCGACGAUUGACUGCCUGGCUAGGAUAAACAAGCAGAGAUACCCAUCGGACACCUAUCUGGAAUUCCAAAAAGCCCGAUUGUCUGCGGGCGAAAUUGACCAAACGACUUACGAAUGUCUCGUCGGCAACGAGCAUAUCGGCCAGAGGGCAAAAGUCACCAGCUGGUGGGAUUUGGACAAUGGCCAGCACGUCGUACUCGACUUGGGCUGGCGGGGCCCAGACUUUAGCAAUUAUCACCAGAGGGACUGGAAGGAAGUCCUUACAAUAACCGAUGCAAGCCAUGGCGGGGGCCAUUACAUGGCCAGAACUAUCCCGAACUUCCUAGCCGAAUUCUACGGAGAGAUGGGACUAUCGCUCCUAGAGUGGGUGACAGAGCUGUGCACGGCCAGAACUCGGGUCGCCUCGAAAAUGGCAAGUCAAGCGACGCCUCAAACUUCACCAAACCGCAACUCUUCACCCACUUUUGAUCGAGUACAUCUUCAUCUUGUUGACCGUUCGAUCAUGGCCUGUUUUGGAGACGAAUUACUACGAUGGGAUAUACCCGAAGGUUUUGAGAGAAAGCAAGCUGUGUCUGCGCUACUUUGGGUCGUGGCCGCUUUCCAGCCUCCAGAAGUGGAAAGCCGCGGGUUGUUCAAAGUUGGCUGCCGAAUCAGCGACGGAGGGGUCUUGUCACCAUAUUGCGAACCAUUCAAGCCGGAGAGAGCAGAGUCUUCAUGUUGGACUCAACUAUUUGACUAUGCUUGCGUCGUUGAAACGCCGCGAGACGUUAGCUUCGACACCAAGACGCGUCCAGAGGGACUGGAGGUGGAUUUCAAGGAGCUUAUGGCCAUCACAAAUGCCUCUCAAGCCUGGCUCACUGACUACGGAGCAAUCCUGCUUGGGCACGACACAGCGCUGAUUCAACUGAGGCCGGUGGAAGAUCGGCGAUGGCACGCUGUGCGCACACCUGGAAAAUUGAUUACACCUUUUGAUAUAAUGCAAAUCAUCCAGUCUUCCGUGCCAUCCGGCCCUGCUGGACUAGGGGCGGAGUCGGAAGAUGUAGGGCGUUCAAUACUCUCUGUUGUAUCGUCCAGCGCAGGUAUACUAAGCCAGCCGCAGCUACGAGAGAGCAAUGGGGCCAUAAAAAAAUCGAUGGACAGAGGGAAACACGCUCAGGUAUUAAAGUCGGAGCCGUUCACUUACCCUGAGGGAAGAGUGUUCGUAGGCUGGUGUAGUGAGCCUAGGGUCACCAUCGGCACCGAAAGACCGAGCAACCCCUUCUUGGAAAGCUUCGACCACGAUUCAGGUGUCCCUGAAGUUACCAAUGACAUUGUGGCCCUGUCGAGUGUAUCGAGUGUCACAACUGUCAGCUUAGGAGUCAGCUUGGGAUUUAUGUCCAAGCUUGCUACUGUCAAUAUCGCCCAUGCUUCUGGGAGUCAGGAAUCCGUACAGCCAGCGACAUACAGGCACGAAAACCAGCUUCCGUUUGAUACGUUACGAACAGCAAAAUUGACGCCUUGCAUUCUCUGGGAUGAUUCGGUCAAGCGAGCUUGGCUUCUUCCUGGUGUCUCGGCACUUUGUUUCAUAUCACUCUGCAUUUUCGCGCGACUAGAGUUGAAUUUUGACAGUGACGUGACAUUUGCAAUACCAUCAAAUGAUGCUGGUCAAUCAGCCUCAAACUGUCUUAAAGCCAACGCGAGCUUGACCAUGGUCAAAGACGAUGGGACUAAUGGGCCAACCUUUGGAUGGUUGGUGAAGCAGGUGUGGGAUGGGAUGAUGGCAGCCAACGACGUCUGCUACGCCAACACAAAUAGGAGGAAGCAUGUCAGAGAAGGAGUCGUGUUCGGCUAUGACAUUUACGACCUCUUUGGCAGUGGUCAUGUGGUUCUACGCUGUCUAGACGAAAACAGAGCCGGUGCCAGUCUCCAUUCUUGGGCGCCGCUCGCACGGCUGGAGAGAGUGCAGGUGAUAUUCUGCAAGAAAGUUGGAUCGGUCAUUGAGUGUGCUGCCCAAACGUGUGCGGGAACGCCGUGUGGGCAAUACUGCCUGAAUUUUGACGGCACAAGCGGUGUCCUGAGCUGCCUGCUUCCGGACUUGGAAAGAUUCUGCGGCCAAGACUGGGACAAAUAUGCACAAAGCAGAAGAUUGCUCAUCAAGAAUGGCUUCGAAUGGAUUCCAAGGCUGCCAAGAAGGGGCGGCCUCUUUGCGCACCUUGGGACGCGUUUAAACGCAAACGGAGUGUGCGAAUGUUGCGCCGAGCUGGACCGACUACAGAGACUUGAUCAGGUUGGAAAUGCGUCGCUCUGGCAGCGGAUCAAAAAAGCCUUCAGAGAGCGCCCAUAUAAUUUCGCGGACAAUUGGUCCAGCCUACAAUACGCAGUGAGGUUCGGCUUGUGCCAUCUAUAUUCAUAGCAGCGUUCAUUUCAGAGAGUGUUACUCCCGACAAUAGUGUAACUGACAAGGUAGAUAUGUAACGUUUAUGCAACUUAAGAUUACUACAAAUGUGUAUUGAAAGGAGCAAGCUAAUCCAAAUUGCGCAUGUAAGACAUUCUCAAAUGAGGUUUGUUGUUUGCACAGCUCAAGCGCUUAUAUGUUCAAC